UUCUCUCGCGAGAUCUCACACGUUGGCAUGGCGGUCCUUCUUGAAACGACGCUCGGCGAUAUUGUGAUUGAUUUAUUCACUGAAGAAAGGCCGAAAGCAUCCCUCAACUUUCUGAAAUUAUGCAAGAUAAAGUACUACAACUACUGUCUUGUCCACAAUGUACAGAGAGACUUCAUCAUUCAAACUGGGGACCCAACCGGGACGGGUCGGGGUGGAGAGUCAAUCUACUGCAAACUGUACGGGGACCAGGCCCGUUUUUUCGACUCGGAGAAAACACCACGUAUAAAACACAGAAAAACAGGGACAGUGUCUAUGGUAAACAAUGGAAGUGACCAGCAUGGUUCUCAGUUCCUUAUUACCACUGCCGAAAACCUGGAUUACCUGGAUGGCGUGCAUACCGUGUUUGGAGAAGUGUCAGAGGGACUGGACAUCGUGGCUAAAAUCAAUGAGACUUUUGUUGACGCUGACUUUGUUCCAUUUCAGGACAUCAGAAUCAACCACACUGUCAUCCUUGAUGAUCCUUUUGAUGAUCCCGCUGAUCUCCCGGUGCCUGAUCGGUCUCCUGAUCCCACCAGAGAGCAGCUAGAUAGUGGUCGAAUUGGCGCCGAUGAAGUGAUAGACGAUGUAGAUGGGAAAGCAGCUGAAGAAGUGGAGGAGCGACUUCAGGAGAAAGAAGCCAAAACCCGAGCCAUCCUGUUGGAGAUGGUGGGCGACCUUCCAGAUGCUGAUGUAAAGCCUCCAGAGAAUGUGCUGUUUGUUUGCAAACUCAACCCAGUGACCACAGAUGAGGACCUGGAAAUCAUCUUUUCUCGUUUUGGCCACAUUAAAAGUUGCGAAAUCAUUCGUGACUGGAAGAGUGGAGAUUCCCUAUGCUAUGCUUUCAUCGAAUUUGAAAAGCAAGAAGACUGCGAGAAAGCCUACUUCAAAAUGGAUAACGUGCUCAUAGACGACCGGCGCAUUCAUGUCGAUUUCAGCCAGUCUGUGUCAAAGAUUAAAUGGAAAGGGAAAGGUGGCAAGUACACCAAAGAAGACUUCAAGGCUUAUGAGAAUGACUUGGAGAAGCGAUCCAAACUGACUCUGAAAGAUCAAGUGAAGCCCAAACAAGAUUCCCGAUAUGACCUGCUGUUGGACGAGGAGGAGACGCCCGGAGAGAAAAAACACAAAGAGAAGAGACGUCAUCAUCAUUCAGAUGCUGAAGAAAGCAAGAAGUCCAAAAAACACAAGGACGAUGAGGACGGCCGGCGUGACAGGAAAUUGGACCGGCAUCGCUCACGUUCCCGCUCCAGAGACAGAGACCGAAGGCAUGACAGGUCCUGGGACAAACCCGCGAAAGAUGGACGGGAUAGGAGUCGAAGGAGUCGUAGUCGAUCGCCCAGGAGGUCCAAGGACAAAGACAGAAGCAGAUACAGAUAAAAGGCUUCCUCUGUUCUCAUUAUGGAAGUGCAAAAACUAUGUUCCACUUCCUCACCUGUGUUUUAAUUAAAACACUCGCCAUUGAAUUUCAAACCAGGUGCUGUUUGUGCAUUCACCUACACUACUUGGACAAAAGUAUUGAGACACUUUUCCAUUGUGUGCGACCAUUUCUGCUAAGUGUCUCAUUACUUAAAUCCUGAUAGUGUGGAUGGAUGAAUUAUCUGCAAAGCAUUCGAUUGUGACACAGAACGUCAAAGAAAAGUUUUUGUCAAUAUAAUUUGGUCCCUUUAUGGACAUUUGUUAAAGAUCAAGAUCACCUUAAUGCGACUGCAUCAUGUUAUUAAACAACUUAUUUUGUCACUGACGACACGACAAAUGUCACAUGUUUAUUAGGUAUGGAACAUUUUUCCUACUACUACAACUUACUGCUUGCUUCUCACGAUAUGCUUAGCUCUCCACUCGCAAGAUUUGACUAUCGUCACACUUGCAUUGUAUUGUGCUAACUAGAUUAAAUGGUGCAAACACACACACCUUAAAUGCAUAUUAUGGGGAUUAAAGAUUAUUCCUUCAGCAGGUGAACUUUAUCUGUCAUUCAGCCUGUAGGGAUUGCAUGAGGAACUGCAAGAAAGAAAAUAAUGCAAUAUAAACACGACUAGAUUGGUAAUUUGACAUAUUCCAGGUGGUCUGCCAGGCCAUUUGUUUACCUUCAUUAUAGACAUUGGAUCCAACCAAUCAGGUCAUAGUAUGAUAGUUGCCCCACCCAUUUUGAUGUUUAUGUGAAUUGGAUUGAAUCGAAUUCCCGAAAUAUUUUGGAAAAUUCCCUAAAUCUUAUUUCCGGAGCUGUCCUUUACAAGUGAAAGUAAACCUUUUCAUCACCUUUCUGUCCUUCUUUCACCACACUAAUUGGAGUUGAGUAAGAGAUAAUAAAAUAAUUGCAAAACUCGUACACUGAUUAUUCUUUAGUUUCAUUCCACUAAUUAUUGUUUUUUCAGGGCAGUGCAACCUUGUUUGUAUAAUCCAAUUGUUUUGCAUUGCAUCAGGAGUAUAGUGGCAAGCAUGCCUACCUCAUCGUCAGGUUCAAAUAUUUAUUUGCUUGGUGUUAGUAAUUUUGAAUGAAUCAACUAUCAUCUUUUCAUUGAUUGACUUUUGACUACCUAAAAUUCAGAUGACUCAUGUCGGACAAUAAUGUAAAGAUGCUUGACCACAUGUUUUAGUUUUAGUCUCAAAUAUAGACGCGACAUUAAAAUAAUGUGAUAGCUCCCAUCCAAUCAAUGAAGAAAUAUAUUUAAUUA